UCGUCUUUUCUAAGAUCUCUCUUUCUGAUUUUACGAUUCGUCUCAUGGUGCGAUUUCUCGAGCAGUAAUUAAUGGCGAGAACCAAGCAUUUCGCUACCAAGUCACGAUCUGAGAAUCGAACUGAUGCCAAUGCUUCAUCUUCUCAGGCGGCAGGUCCGACGACGACCCCGACAACAAGAGGCACUGAAGGUGGAGAUAAUACUCAACAAACAAAUCCUACAACUUCACCAGCUACUGGUGGAAGGAGGCCUAGGAGAGCCAGACAGGCUAUGCCGCGAGUUUCACAGAAUAAGCCUUAUCGAUACAAGCCAGGAACCGUUGCUCUGAGAGAGAUUCGACAUUUCCAGAAGCAGACAAACCUUCUUAUUCCAGCUGCUAGCUUCAUAAGACAAGUGAGAAGUAUAACUCAUGCGUUGGCCCCUCCCCAAAUCAAUCGUUGGACAGCUGAAGCUCUUGUGGCUCUUCAAGAGGCUGCAGAAGAUUACUUGGUUGGAUUGUUCUCAGAUUCAAUGCUCUGUGCUAUCCAUGCAAGACGUGUUACUCUAAUGAGAAAAGACUUUGAGCUUGCACGCCGGCUUGGAGGAAAAGGCAGACCAUGGUGAUAGAAACUCACUCAUUAUUCACAUCUCUUACAUUGUAAGUGAGGAUCGAAUAGUUAACAAUAUCUAGGUUGUAAAACUUCUUUCUCUAUGUGUGUUUCUUAUCUGCUUUUCGUUGGAUUUGAUUGUUUUCCAUUGAGAUUUCACUUGACAAAAACACAGUUUCUUUUGUGAAGUUCUAACUUCCAAUGGUUCAUGUAUAUAAUAAGCCUCAGUUAGAAAGGGUUGUGAUUGUAAA